GAUUUACUCCUUGUGUCUGUGAUUUAGUUUGAUUGUGUUUGUUAUUUAAACACCUCGUGUUGCUGUGCACUUCGCGCAGUAUUAAAUCAGUGUUUGAAUGAAUGAAUGUAGUGACGAAUACGUUUAGUAUGCUAAGCGGUCUUGUUUACAUGUCCUGCUCUCUUCUCUGCCUCGCAUCCAGUUUCUUGUUUUAACCUCGUUAAUCUUGCUCAGUAUAGGCCGCGUUUCCUGUGUUUUGUCUGCUGUGUUGAAAAUAAUGACACUGAUCUGCAACUGCUCCCGCAUCCAGUCCCAUAUCGUUACAAGAUCAGAGCAGUAGUUGGAUUCUGAACAUGUGCAGCUCAGAGAUGAAUUUAGCUGCAGCAGGGACAAUGGUGUGUAUUCUGUGUAUGGCUCUGCUCCUAUCUCAUGUUUGCUGUGAAAUGAAUUUGCUGGACAAAUACUGGAUCUCCUGGAAAACGGAGUUCAAUAAAAAAUACAACAAUGCAGGUGAAGAAGUAUUCAGGAGAUCUAUUUGGCAGCAGAACGUUGUGGAAGUGAUGAAGCACAAUAAAGGACAUCACAGCUUCACCAUGGGGACCAAUCACCUGUCAGACAUGACAGCAGAAGAAAUUAAUGCUAAGCUGAAUGGUCUGAGGAUGGAGAAUGUUCUUCUGGAUACUAACAAGAACUUCAAGCUGUUGAGUGACUCCCCUGUCCCAGACAGACUGGAUUGGACUGAGAAGGGCCUCGUCAGCCCUGUACAGAACCAGGGUAUGUGCGGAUCAUGCUGGGCAUUCAGUGCAGCUGGAGCAUUAGAAGCUCAGAUGGUGAAGAAGAUGGGUCGGAUGGUUCCUCUGAGUGCACAGAACUUGGUGGACUGCAGUGUAAAGGAGGGGAACCAUGGCUGUAAAGGAGGAUUCAUGACUAAAGCUUUCAAUUAUGUUAUACACAAUAAAGGAAUCGACUCAGAUGCCUUCUACCCUUAUCAACACAAGGAGGGGUUGUGUCGUUAUUCUCCACAAGGCAGAGCUGGCUCCUGUUCCAGUUUCCAGAUUCUUCCUCAGGUUAAUGAGUCGGUGCUGCUGAACACAGUGGCUCUGAUUGGACCUGUUUCUGUUGGAAUUAAUGCUAAAUUGGCCUCAUUCCACAGAUACAGGAGUGGGAUUUAUACUGAUCCUCUGUGUGACCCUCGGACAGUGAAUCACGCUGUUCUAGUGGUUGGAUAUGGAACUGAAGGAGGGCAGGAUUACUGGCUGGUUAAAAACAGUUGGGGUAUAGCAUGGGGAGAGAAGGGUUAUGUCAGGAUGGCGAGAAACAGGAAUGAGUGUGGAAUCGCCAACUUUGCCAUUUUCCCAGUUGUCUGAUCUCAUCUGCCAUUUUACUUUUCUUCCAUCACGCUCUCUUUGAUAAAGUUCUUUAUUUACAGCAUGUGUUUUGCAGCGUGUCCUCUGCUGGUGAGAUGAGAAAGCAAUAUUUUUACAGAAGAAAAGAAAGGCAUGUUUGUAUUUACACUUGUAUAGUGUACUUUUAUUAUCAGUAUUAAAACUCAGACUUUGCUAAAACAUUUAUCAUUCUCUGAUUUGGAAAUGAUUGUGAGUAUUUCAGCUAAAUCAAUCAGCUUUAAAGAUGUACCUUAUACAAGCAUUAAAAUAAAUCAUUAUUAUAAAUGUGUUAUACAUUGUAUUACUUAAUGAUGCACAAACAUGGACUAAGGUGAUAUAUGUGACAGUGUUUAGUUUAGUUUAGUGCAAGAUUUCUGAUUAUAUCUUGAUCAAUUCAGUAAAAACAACAAAAGCAAAAUCAUUAUCUAAUAAAACACAAACUAAAACAGCAGUGUAAAUAAAGUAGUGGAAAGAACACUGUCUAAUCUGAGCAAAACUCUGAACAACAAGCUCUACACAUCUUCAGGGCUUGAGUCAGAAUCCACUGG